UUCUGUUUUCAGGAAAUGAAACUCAUACAGUCGCUGUGACUGAGAGGAGAAAUGGAGCAGAAUCAGCUGGACCAAGAAACCUUCUCCCGUUCAAUCUGUCUGGAUUUACUAAAGGAUCCGGUGGCUAUUCCCUGUGGACACAGCUACUGUAUGAACUGCAUUAAUGCACACUGGGAUGAAGAGGAUCAGAAAGGAAACCACAGCUGUCCUCAGUGCAGAGAGACCUUCACACAGAGGCCUAAUUUGAAAAGGAACACCAUCUUAGCAGUUUUAGUAGAGCAGCUGAAGAAGACUGGACUCCAAGCUGCUCCUGCUGAUCACUGCUUUGCUGGACCUGAAGAUGUGGCCUGUGAUUUCUGCACUGGAAGAAAACUGAAAGCCAUCAAGUCCUGUUUAGUCUGUCUGGCCUCUUACUGUGAGAAACACCUUCAGCCUCAUUAUCAUGUGGCUCCACUGAAGAAACACAAACUGGUGGAGCCCUCCAAGAACCUCCAGGAGAACAUCUGCUCUGAUCAUGAUGAGGUGAUGAAGAUAUUCUGCCGCACUGAUCAGAAAUGUAUCUGUUAUCUCUGUUGUUUGGAUGAACAUAAAGACCAUGACACAGUGUCAGCUGCAGCAGAAAGGACUGAGAGGCAGAGAGAGCUGGAGGAGAGACGAGGAAGAAUCCAUCAGAGAAUCCAGGACAGAGAGAAAGAUGUGAAGCUGCUUCAACAGGAGGUGGAGGCCAUCAAUCACUCUGCUGAUAAAACAGUGGAGGACAGUGAGAAGAUCUUCACUGAGCUGAUCCGUCUCAUCCAGAAAAGAAGCUCUGAUGUGAAGCAGCAGAUCAGAUCCCAGCAGGAAACUGAAGUGAGUCGAGUCAAAGAGCUUCAGGAGAAGCUGGAGCAGGAGAUCACUGAGCUGAAGAAGAAAGAAGCUGAGCUGAAGCAGCUCUUAAACACAGAGGAUCACAACCAGUUUCUCCACAGCUACCCCUCACUGUCAGCACCCAGUGAGUCUACACACUCAUCCAGCAUCAAUAUCCAUCCUCUGAGACACUUUGAGGAUGUGACAGCAGCUGUGUCAGAGCUCAGAGAUAAACUACAGGACAUUCUGAGAGAAACAUGGACAAACAUCUCAAUCACAAUCACUGAGGUGGAUGUUUUACUUUCAGAUCCAGAACCAAAGAGCAGAGCUGGAUUUUUGAAAUAUUUUUGUAAAAUCACACUGGAUCCAAACACAGCACACACUCAACUGUUGUUAUCAGAGGGGAACAGGAAGGUAACAGUGAUGCAACAACAUCAGUCUUAUUCUAGUCAUCCAGAAAGAUUCACUGACUGGUGGCAGGUUCUGAGUAGAGAGAGUCUAAAUAGACGUUGUUACUGGGAGGUGGAGGGGAAAGGAGGAGUUCGUGUUGCAGUCGUAUACAAAAAUAUCAGCAGAGCAGGAAAUGGAAAUGGAUGUAAGUUUGGAUGGAACGAAAAAUCAUGGGCAUUAGAUGUUUCCCAAGAUGGUUACAAAUUUGGUCACAACAACAUCUGGACCUCCAUCUCAGCUCCUUAUUCCUCCAGGAUAGGAGUGCACCUGGAUCACUCAGCAGGUAUUCUGUCCUUCUACAGCGUCUCUAAAACCAUGACUCUUCUCCAUAGAGUCCAGACCACAUUCACUCAGCCGCUACAUGCUGGACUUUGGGUUUACUGGACUGGAAACUCUGCAGAGAUCUGUAAACCAAUAUAGAUUUUCUGUCCAUUUUCACAUUGUUGAUUUGAGGUUUUGGUUCUUAUUUCUCUGCUGUUCUUUCAUUUAUUAUUUAUUUUUAAAUUUGGUACUCUAACUUUGUUACAGGAGCUGCAAAGUAUAUAACUUCUGUUUUCUUUCAUUCUGAUAUGACACCGAAAUAUA